AUGGAGUCAUACCGAGGGCAAGAGGAGUUCGAGGAACACAUCUUAAAAGAAGUCAAGUCAUUUGUUGGAAAAAAUUUUACAAAAGCCAACUCUAGACAUAAAGACGAGAUAGAGAAUAUUUUCGACAAAAUAUUUUUCAGGACGCUAAAAACACAUAGGCUACUAGUGGAAAUAAGUAAUAUAACUGGCAUAAAAGGUGAAAAUAUAAAAAUAAUAGCCAGGAGUAUACUGAGGUUCGCAUAUAGAGACCACGAUAAUGACGUUAAAAGAAUUGGAAACCAGAAUAUUCGCCUUCGUUCAUGGCUGCGGCAGGCGCAGCAAAAACCUUCGACACAUGAUACACAACUAGAUAAAGAAAUAGAAUGCGAGUUAAAAACACCAAUCAAAAACGUCUCGGAACAAAGAAAAAUGCCGAAAAAUAAAAAACGUGAAAAAAAAUCAGUUAAGGAAAUUGUGCUCCCAUCAAAUGAUGAUCAGAUAUCGAUCCAAAAAAAUACUGGGGCUCAGAGUACAACAUCACGUGAUAUUUUAUUUUACGACAUACCAUCAAGAUAUAGUGAGGAAGAGGUAGUCAAUGCCAUAAAUCAAUUAGGCAAGGUACACAGAAUUAGAAUCAAAAAACAUUACAAAUACCAAUCAGUAAGAGCGGACAUAUCAUUAUUGGAAGAUUAUGAGACAUCCUUUUUAAAUGGGGUAUGGAAGGAGAAAGUGCUAAUAGGAAGCAACGAUAAAAAUAAAAAAGUCAUUGACGUUCGUUGGUUCAAAGGAGAUAGGACUGUUAAAGACAUAAAAGAAAAAUGCAAGUGGAAAGCUUACAAAGUAAUAUCUACGAAUUACUACCAAGAUAUAGCGAGAAAAAAUUAUACUUUUGAGUAUGGAAAAAUUGCUCGCUUUGGAAAUAAGACAGUUUUCCUGGCGUAUUUUAAAGAUGAAGAUCAAUUGAACAAUGCAAUCGCUCUGGACGGCGGGAUUACAGAUCAAGCCUGGAUUAUUCACAGAAAACGUCAAGAUGGCGCGCCGAAGAAGUCAACAAAAGAGGUCCUUCUGAGGGCGCUAAUCAGCAUGGUCCCGAAUAAUAAAAAAGAAGAGCUGAUAACGACAACCGUGACGUCACCAACAAUUAUGAAAGAUGUAACCACGGAAGAGGUAGUCGAUACCGUUAAUAAAUAUAGGAAAAACCUGCUGAGUGAAAAGCAAGUAAAAACGAUAUCGCAUCCAAUAAAAGAUUAUACUUCACCAGAUAACGUGGUUAAAGUAAUUGAAGAGUCUUCAUUUACCGUUUCAAACUGUAACCCAUUUAUAAUAGGACCAGGUAAUGGUUUUUCAUCAUCAUCGGAUGAUGAAGAACAUAUAAAAGAAGUCAAGAAGCGUAUAAAGAAAAAACAGGGAACGCGAAGUGACACAGAAUACAAAGAGACUGGAGAUGGCUUUAGAGAAGUCAAAAAAGAAAGAAAACCCUGGGCCAGAAAACCUGGAAGCAGGAUGUGCCGUAAAAAGAAGAAAAAGGGUCAAAACAAAAAAUAG